CGAGGCGGCGGCACUACCAGCGGGCGGAGGGACGGAGGGGGCCGAGCCGCCGUGGUGACCUGCCGCCGGGAGCAGCCCCAGUCGGCGCUGCGCGGCGCGGCGCGGCCCCGCCAGGAGAGCCCGGGUGCCGCAGCCGCAGCUGGAUAAAGUACAGCGGAGCGGAAACGCUGCCGAGGCUCGGCCGCUUCUUGGCUUCCAGAGGGCUGCGCCCGGGCCUCCUCACGCAGGUUCAUGAUGUUGACAACUAUGUUCGUGGCUGCUUUCAUUCUCAUUACAGUACAUUCACAGGAAACUGAGGAAACCAUAACAUACACGCAAUGCACAGAUGGCUAUGAAUGGGAUCCUAUUAGGCAACGGUGCAAAGAUAUUGAUGAAUGUGAAAUAGUCCCAGAUGCAUGUAAAGGUGGGAUGAAAUGUGUUAACCACUAUGGAGGAUACCUCUGUCUACCUAGAACAGCCCAAAUUAUUGUAAAUGAGCGAGAAGAAGCAGCAGCUGAAUCCACUAGUGGUCGAAAUAAUGUAAUUCGACGGACUCCUGCUGAUCCUCACCGUGCCCCUCCAAACCCAACUCAUCAAAUACAGUGUGCAGCUGGUUAUGAACAAAGUGAUCACAAUGUGUGCCAAGAUAUAGAUGAAUGUGCAACAGGAACCCAUAAUUGUAGAGCUGACCAAGUAUGUGUCAAUUUAAGAGGGUCCUUCAGCUGCCAGUGUCCUCCAGGAUAUCAAAAGCGCGGGGACCAAUGUGUGGACAUAGAUGAAUGCACUCUGCCUCCAUAUUGCCACCAUCGAUGUGUGAACACUCCUGGUUCCUAUUAUUGCCAAUGCAAUGCUGGUUUCCAAUUAGCAUCCAACAACCACACCUGUGUAGACAUAAAUGAAUGUGAUGCCAAUAAUCCAUGUGCACAACAGUGUUACAAUAUACUUGGUUCUUUCAUCUGUCAGUGUAAUCCGGGAUUUGAAUUAAGCAGUGACAGAAUCAACUGUGAAGAUACUGAUGAAUGCAGAACUUCAAGUUACAUGUGUCAAUAUCAGUGUGUCAAUGAACCAGGAAAAUUCUCAUGUGUCUGCCCCGAAGGGUACCAGGUAGUAGGAGGCAGAACAUGUCAAGAUAUAAACGAAUGUGAGACUACUAAUGAAUGCAGAGAGGAUGAAAUUUGCUGGAAUUAUCAUGGAGGCUUUCGUUGUUACCCAAGAAAUCCAUGUCAAGAACCCUAUGUCCUUACAUCUGAGAACCGCUGCAUCUGCCCGGUGUCAAAUGCCAUUUGCCGAGAGCUGCCUUACUCUGUUGUAUACAAAUACAUGAGCAUCCGUUCAGACAGAACAGUGCCCUCCGACAUCUUCCAGAUUCAGGCAACCACUAUUUAUCCUAAUACUAUUAACACAUUCCGAAUCAAGUCUGGAAAUGAAAAUGGAGAAUUUUAUCUGAGACAAACAAGCACAGUAAGUGCAAUGCUUGUACUGGUGAAAUCACUAUCAGGACCAAGAGAACACAUUGUGGAUCUGGAGAUGCUAACGGUCAACAGUUUGAAUUAUCGUACAAGCUCAGUGUUAAGAUUAACAAUAAUAGUGGGACCUUAUGCAUUUUAAUGGUUUUCAGUAGCCCUUCACUGGCACUUAAAGCAGCCAAAGAAUAUUAUCUUAAAGAAAGCACUUACUAUUUUAUUUAUAGAUUUUGCUCUUUUCUUUUUUUAAAAAAGAUUUGUUUAGUAAGUUGAUAUCUGUAAUCCACACAUUACACCUGAAAUUCAAAAUUAGUAGAUGUGUUCCAUAUUAUAAUGUGGGCAUUGUCACUUUCUGUAUAAAGAUUUAAAUCUUUUUUUAGUACCUUACUUGGACUAGAUCCAUACUACACUUUUGUAUGAGAAUUGUAUGUUCAUACUGUCCUGUAAAGCUUUACACGCCUCUCCUAGCCAAGUAGGUCAUGCAAUUAAAAGGUGAUAUUCUGUGUUGUUUCUAUUUUAAAUUCUAAUGCAACUACACUGACAAUCUCAAAAGGAAAAAAUAUAUAGUAUCAAUGAUAUACAAAGUAACAGCUGAUAAGCUAAAAUAUAUUUGUUCUUUUUAACUACUUUGUAACAGAAGUUAACAGUCAAUAAAGAUCUAUUUCCUUAGA